UAUAUAAUUAACACAAAUUUAAAAUGCUUUAACUUCUUUUACACACAAGCUCAAACAAGACCAAAACAAUACAUUUUUAAUGUCAAAUUUACAAUAUGAAGUGAAAUGACAUCCAACUCUGCAAAAUACAUGCAUGGAACUAAACAUCCCUUUUCCUGAAGUUAAUAUACCGCCUGCAGAUAACCCAAAAGACUUUUAUGUGUUUGAAGGCAAUGAAAAAGCACCGACCGUGAUCCACAUCCCUCUCUUCAACACGGUCAACUGUGGAGAUGACAUUGAGGAGUGGAGAGAGAGAUAUUACACAAUUCAACAUCCCUACGGUCCUGAUAUGAUUGAUCCUCUUCUGGAUGUCGUUGGCAAAAACAUCACAAACAACAAAGAGAAACUAGUUGAUGAGAUUAUAAAGUGCAUUGGGCUAACAUCACCUGAGAGUUAACAUGAUUAUAUUUACUGUGACUGUACAUCGAAUACAUGAAUAGUGACAGUCUGAAUAUAUAUAAUCAUCAUUUUAUAAUCUUUUUUGUCUUUAUUGUCAGCAUAUUUUCCAUUAUAAGAUGUGGACUUUGAAAGACGUGUGAAAGAUGUUUGAUCAAGAGUUUGCUUCCUAGAUUAUAAAAUCUUUGGGAAUUUAAAAAAUG